AUGCGAUCUUACGAUUCGAGAGGACCCGAGCAUCCUGGGAGGGCAUUAAUUCCAGGGUGGCGUCGAGAAGCUCAACUGAAAUUCCUUCUUCGAAUUAUACAAUCUUACAAUUUAGAGCUUUGUUGCUACAAAUGGGAGGGCAACGUAGAGGUCUUAGAUAUCGAAAAUGAUAUGUACGAGAAUAUCAAAUCGUUAGGAAAUGAUGGAUAUUUACCUACAGAUAUUGUCGAGUUAGCGGAGCGCCUUCAACGUGAUGCUCGACCGACAAGAGGCAUUUUUCGGCUGUUUCAAUUCGCCUACCAGGUGGUUACUGGCUCGGAUUUCAACUUCAUUCAACCCUAUAGGUGGUGCGAUAAAAUGGCCGCAACAAAUCGCAUCAAUGGUUUAGACAGCAAGGUUUUGGAUGAUCAUGAUAAGGCCAGAUAUAAUGCUCUCGUCGAUUUGAAAAAUCACUGUCAGCCAGAUCGUGGCCAAAACGACAACGCAAACAGCUUGAAAAAACUACUUGAUUGGGCAGAAAGAGGCUUGAAAAAUGCUCCGGGUAAGGGGUCGUCGCCCUCAGAUCCUGCAAUAACUGAGAAAGAAGCCGAAGAGCUUCGGAAGCGAUUGAAUGCUUAUAAACGAGAGGAUGCAGAGAGAUUUAAGGCAGAAUCAGAGCGCAAAGCUCGUCGGCAUUAA